AUGACGAGAGCCACUCGAGCCAGCUUAGUGCCCGCUUUCUGCGGGUUAGGCGCUGGGCUCAGCUAUAUGCGCUGUGGCUCUUUCAACGGCGCCGACCGUGACUGGAGUAUGUAUUCCUCCCGAUCGCAGCCAACAAGCCGGUCUCAGCAGGAGCUCAUCGAUCCAACGGGUAAAUGGUGUCUACGGCCUACGCUGUUCGAAGGUGACCACACUCCGGUACUCGAUUUGAAUCCACAGUUCGCUGCUGGUUCACACGCGCGCGCGCCGCCCUUCUCGACCCCACUUGAAACCCACCCAGCUUUUUGCUCUAAACUUACUCGUGUUCCUCUCCGUUAG